UUUCUGGAAGACUUUAUCUCCUUCACCCUUUCGCAGUGGUUGAUAGAUAACAAUCUGCUUUAAUUGCAGAAAAUGGUGGAGGGGGGUUUCCCAACAGCAGACAAGACAGAGUUCCUGGAAUGUUUUCGGACCACAUGGAAAACACCAUACAUUUUGCGUCUUGCUGCCACGGCUGGCAUUGGUGGGCUCCUGUUCGGCUAUGACACCGGUGUCAUUUCGGGAGCAUUGCUAUACAUCCGAGACGACUUCGAUUCCGUUGACAGGAAUACAUGGUUCCAGGAAUUGAUUGUGAGUAUGGCAGUUGGAGCAGCCAUUGUAGGUGCAGCCAUUGGGGCAUGGAUGAACGACAGCCUCGGGAGAAAAAAGUCCAUUUUAACUGCAGACGCUCUGUUUUUUGUGGGUGCGAUUGUGAUGGCUGCUGCUCCGGCUCCUUGGGUGAUUGUUCUUGGACGGGUCUUCGUUGGUCUAGGAGUUGGGAUGGCUUCAAUGACGGCUCCGCUAUAUAUUUCUGAAGCCUCUCCGGCUAGAAUUAGGGGCGCACUUGUCAGUAUGAAUGGUCUCCUAAUCACAUUUGGACAAUUCUUAUCCUACCUUAUCAAUCUCGGCUUUACUCAGGUACCUGGAACUUGGCGAUACAUGCUUGGAGUCGCGGCAGUCCCACCUUUCGUUCAGUUUAUACUCAUGUUGGGACUUCCAGAGUCGCCGAGAUGGUUGUACCGAAUGCACAAGAGAGAAGACGCAAAGGAAAUUUUGCGAAAAAUUUACCCGGCCGAUGAAGUUGAAAGAGAGAUAAGUCUAUUGCAGGCAUCUAUUGAAGCAGACGAGGCGAAUGAGGAGGAUAUAGGACACGAUAUCAUGUCCAAGAUUAGGAACGCUAUGAAGAACCCCGUAGUCAGAAGGGCUCUUUAUGCUGGCGUUACUGUCCAAGUUGUGCAGCAAUUUGUUGGCAUCAACACCGUCUUGUAUUACAGCCCCAGCAUCAUGCAAUUCGCUGGCUUUGCUUCCAAGGUGGUGGCUUUAGGCCUUUCUCUCGUUACAUCUGGUCUGAAUUGCGUAGGCACUGUGGUCAGCAUGUGUUUCGUCGACAGAUUUGGCAGAAGAAGACUGAUGCUUGUUUCUUUGGUUGCCAUCAUCAUCGGCCUCGUUGCUCUCUCCCUGGUGUUCUAUACGUCAUCUAAGAAUGCACCGCGCAUUGAUGACUUCGAUUCCAACCACCUUGCACUCAACGGUAGCUGCUCCGCUUACAUAACAGCCCCCAACCCAUCAUCUUGGAACUGCAUGACCUGCCUCAAGCGGGACUGUGGCUACUGCGCUAACGGCGUCAACCAAUUUCGACCUGGGGCUUGCUUAGCUAAUGAGAAGGAAGUUGGAAAUGUAUGUAAAGGAAGAAGUCGUGUGUGGUACGACAAGGGUUGUCCUAGUAAACUGGGAGUCUUGGCUGUCGUGCUUCUCGGAUUGUACAUAAUAGCUUACGCUCCGGGCAUGGGGACCGUGCCGUGGAUCGUUAACUCGGAGAUUUAUCCGCUCAAAUACAGAGGCUUUGGGGGAGGUGUGGCAGCCAUGGCCAACUGGUCCGCCAAUCUAAUUGUGAGCAUGACCUUCUUGUCUUUGACAGAGGCUCUGGGUUCCUGGGCCACGUUCCUUCUCUAUGCUGGUUUCUCCUUUAUCGGCCUUAUUGCUAUCUUUCUGUUGGUGCCUGAAACGAAAAGUCUGCCGCUUGAGCAGAUUGAGAGCAUGCUUGCCAAAGGGUUCAAGCCGUUUGGUAGGAAAGAGAAGAAGACUGAUAAUGGGGAAGCUGCUUGACACGACAAAACAAGACAAGCUGUAAAUCUAACAACGGUUGCUGCUUCUAUAGUUCUGCUUCGAGCGUCUAGUUUGUCUUUACAUCUUUUCAAGAAUCUGUUUACAAACAAUCAGCAUACAUCCACCAUGUUUUGUUAUGCUUUCCGAAACGAUUAUAUUGUUUGCAUAUUAAG